CUUGCUCUCUCUGUAUCUUAUACUCACCACUCCUUGUUUGUAUUCUUGACGACGACGGCAACGGCGAGAUAGACACUUUCUAGGCAAAGGACACAGUGCUCUUCCCCGCACUCAACGUACUAAUCCACAAUCGAGCUCAGCCCUGACAAACGAGCACAGUCUCCUGUCACCUCCACCAUGGGCGACGCUAACCCCAACGAUACCACCACCAAGCACGAGUCCACACCCGCACCCGCAUCCGCACCGCAGACGGCACUCGUCCUGACAACGGGCCCCCAGGCCGAGCACCACAUGUCGGGACAGCUCCCCGCAGACGCAUACGCCUCGUCGCUCUCUCCCUGGCGCGCCGCGAUCCGUGCGUGGGCCCUGAAGGCGGUCGAGCGGGAGAGCCCGGUCAUCGCGCGCGUGCAGGCAAAGGUCCGGCGCCCGUGGCUGGAUGCGUAUUUCGUGUCGACGAGUUCGUUGGGGACGCACACGUUCUUUAUGAUUGCGCUGCCGAUGCUGUUCUUCUUUGGGUAUGACGAGCUCGGACGGGGUCUCCUCUUCAACCUCGCGUUCGGCGUGUAUACCUCGUCCUUUGUCAAAGACCUAGUCUGUUCACCACGACCAUUCUCACCUCCCGUUACUCGCCUCACGAUAAGCACCCACCACCUCGAAUACGGCUUCCCGUCCACACACUCCACCAACGCCGUCUCCAUCGCGCUCUUCGUCUUCUCGCACGUGCACGCCGCCUACACCGCGCCCGCGUCCACGAUGACGCCCGCCGGGUACGCGCUCGCGUGCACUGUCCUCGCCGUGUACGCGUUCAGCAUCGUGCUCGGCCGCGUGUACACCGCCAUGCACAGCGCGACGGACUGUGUCGCGGGCGUCGUGAUGGGCGCCGCGGUCUGGGCGGCCUACGAGGGUGUCAAGCCCGCGCUGGAGCGGUGGCUGGCGAGCGGGUCCUGGAGCGUCCCGCUCACGACCAUCCCCGCCUGUCUCCUCAUGGUGCACUUCCACCCUCAGCCCGUGGACGACUGCCCGUGCUUCGAAGACGCCAUCGCGUUCGUCUCCGUCAUCCUCGGCGGCUGGCUCGCGCGGUGGCACAUCGCCUACGCGGACCUCGCCUCCACGUACCUCUCCUCCGCCUCGACCAUGCCCGGCUCGCUCUUCACCACCUGGGACGCGCGCGCGCUCUGGUGGGGCGUCGCGCUGCUCAAAGUCAGCACGGGCGUGCUCGUCAUCUUCGCGUGGCGCAUCCUCGCGAAAGUGGUCCUGCACCGCGUGCUCCCGCCGCUCUUCCGCGCGCUCGCGGCGUGCGUGCGCCUCCCGAACAGGCGGUUCUACACGCCCGCGACGGACUAUGCGCACGUCGAGCCGGCGGAGGGGCUGCGUCCGAUUCCGUCGGUGAUUGAUCUGCAUGCGCUCGCGGAUAUGGAUGGGGAUGCGGGUGGGGCGGGGGCGAGUGGGGUGUAUGGGAAUAAUAAUUGGAAUGCGAGUAGGAGUGGGAACGGGGCGCUGAAGCGCCGGAAUGGGCUGGGUCCGAGUCCGCUGAGCGAGAGCGGGGAGAAGAAGGAGAAGAAAGAGGAAGAGAGGCGGGAGAGGGGGAAGGCGGGGGUCGUGGAGAGGGGAGGCAAGGACGAGCCGGGAGUGUCUCAUUAUGAUGCGGAUGUGCUUACCAAGGUCGUCGUAUAUGCUGGUAUCGCGCUCCUCGCGUGCGAGGCUAUACCCGUCAUGUUCACUGUGCUCGGCUGGGGCGUUAGGGCGUACUAGAUCAUGCGUUCUGGCAUCGAGUCGGGCGCACGUUGUGAUUUGGCUAUGCUGUAUGUUCGAGGUAUUGAGAGUAGACGGGGUAUGCUAGUGUAGGUGUAGAUGCCAGUCAUCUAAUGCGACUUGGACGUAUGCACAUAUGGCACACGAU